AUGCCGCACGCACGGGACCGUCUCUACCACGUUGUUGGGGUCUGGGCUGACCAGAGAGACUCCAAGUACAGGGUAGUGUUGGACCCAGACGGGCAGAGCUGCUCUGUGGAGACGACGAGGCCAUCUGGGCAGCAGCGGUCCACGAAAGGCCUCAUCCGCAUGGACGGGAAAGGGUAUAUCGUUUGGGGGCAGAGUUUUUUUCUGGAUGAGGAUCGGACGACCUUCUCGGGGUUGUUCUGGGAGCCUGUGGGGCGUGGCAGGAGCUUCGAGUGGUGGAGGUGCGAAGACGCCGCGAGGUCUCCCAGCUCUUUGCUCUCCCCGAGCAGCUCGAUGCACGCAGAAGGUCUCGAGCGCAUCUUGGGCGUCUGGACCGACCAGGGCGAUUCCAAGUACGGGGUGGUGUUAGACCCAGGCGGGGUGAGCUGCUCGGUGGAGACGACGAGGCCAUCUGGGCAAAAGCGGUCCACGAAAGGUCUCAUACGUCUGGAUGCUGAGGGACACGUCAUUUGGGGGCAGCGCUUUUUCCUGCUGACGACUUCUUCGGGGGUGUUCUGGGAGCCCACGGGGCGCGGUAAGGGCUUCGAGUGGUGGAGAUGCAGCGACGACGCGAGGCCUUCCAGUAAACGCGUGCCGUCCUCCCCAGACUGCCAGGAGCCGGCGGCGCGUCGCGCAGCUGUCGCCAACCAGGACCCCUCCCCAGAGAGGGCGAUCGGAUUUGGACAGUCUCGCGUACAUUUGUGGUAUCUGGGCCGACCAGGAUGA